AUGCCCUCAAGAACACAUCGUGUGCUGUUGAGGUCACUUACGCCCCGGAAGGUCCAGAGGCGCCUUUUCAGCAAUGGACUCCGUUGCGCAGAUCAGCAAUGGGGUCAGGAAGAAGAUCCAGACAGGGCCUGGCUGGAGGAGAGAACCUCCUCUAAUGAGCGAGUGCCCCUCCACAAGACGAGACGGGUCUUCUCCGGCAUCCAGCCCACAGGAGUGCCACAUCUAGGAAACUACCUGGGAGCUCUCCGGCAAUGGAAACGAUUCCAUGACCAAUCGACAGACCCCAACCUCGUCCUCGACUAUGAGCCUCAACAGUUCUUCUCUAUUGUGGACUUGCAUUCGUUGACCGGGGACGUCUCCCCUCAAGACCGACUACGGCUCAGGAAGGAAUCCUUUGCCUCGCUACUGGCAAUGGGUCUCCAUAACACUGCCGAGACGACGGUCUUUUUUCAGUCCGAUGUAUGGUGUCAUGCAGAGUUGAUGUGGAUUCUGAGCACCUUUGCAUCUACUGGCUAUCUGUCCAGGAUGACACAAUGGAAGAGCAAAUUGAAUCUACCGGAGUCGGCGAACCUGGACAGUGACGAAGCUACGGCAAAACUGAAAUUGGGCUUGUUUUCCUAUCCCGUCCUGCAGGCAGCUGACAUCUUGUUGUACCGAGCUUCCCUGGUUCCAGUGGGAGAAGACCAACUGCAGCAUAUCGAGUUCACUCGCUCUCUGGCGCGGAGUUUCAACUCGUACGUACAGAGAGCAGGCUCGGGUGCAGUGUUCAGAAUACCGUGGCCAGUCCUAUCCCCUGCCAAACGGAUCAUGUCUCUAAAACGACCAACGCAAAAGAUGUCGAAGUCGGAUCCAGACCCAAAGUCGCGGAUUCUCAUCACCGACAGCAAGGAGGACAUCUAUGCCAAGGUGAAAGGCGCAAUCACAGAUUCUGAGCCUGGGAUUUCCUUCGACCCGGAACGACGGCCGGGAGUGUCGAACUUGAUUGAGAUACUGAAACAUGUCACGGAGUCCAAUCAGCCGUCGCUAUUCAUUGCCAGGGAUCUGGAAAAUGUGAGCAUGCGUGCGUUCAAGGAAAAGGUCGCGGAAGAAAUCGUCAAGGCUUUGGAUGGAAUCCGCGACAACUUCCUCGAGCUGAUGCAGCCUGACAAUUCUCGGCUGCACGACGAAGUGUUCCAGGGCGGCUGGAAAGCGCGGGACAAGGCCAAAAGCACCCUUCAGGAUGUCAAGCGGUCUCUGGGAUUGCAGACAUUGGCGCUGCCUUGGUUGUCACAGGAGCGCGAGCACCAAGAGACUGAGUCUCGGCCCGAAGAGACGGUGGUGGGGGGGAAAGAGGAAGAGUUGGAUCCAGCCUCGCUGCGUCCCGACAGAUUGGAGAGGAAUCCCGCCAAGCGAAACUCGUCGGCGGGCUCCGUUUCCGUUCCCAUUCGACACAUCCCAGUUUCAUAG